AUGGUUUUCAGUGAGAAACAAGAAAGUUUAGUGAAGGAGUCAUGGGAAGUGAUGAAGCAAAAUGUUCCUGAGCUCAGCCUUCGUUUGUUCACGUUGAUUAUGGAGGAUGCCCCGGAAGCGAAGAACAUGUUCUCGUUUCUGCAAAACACAGAUGAAAUCCCUCAGAAUAAUCCCAAACUGAGGGCUCAUGCUGUUAAGGUUUUCAAGACGACGUGUGAAUCGGCUAUUCAACUUCACGAGAAGGGCAAAGUGGUGGUGGCUGAUACUACUCUCAAAUGGCUGGGAGCCGUCCAUCUUCAGAAAGGAGUCAUGUAUCCUCACUUCGAGGUUGUGAAAGUGGCUUUGCUGAGAACAGUUAAGGAGGCAAUGGGUGAUAAAUGGAGUGAAGAAAUGAAUGGUGCAUGGACUCAAGCCUAUGAUAUGUUAGCAAUGGCCAUUAAAGAUGAAAUGAAGGCAGAGACGGCUGCUGCUUAA